UCAUAACAUUCCCAACCACUUGUUUGUUCUUAAAACCCAAAAUUCUCAAUGAGGCAUGUGACACUAUCACACAUUCAUUUAUGAAUAAAAUGAAACUAAUACCACCUUCUCCUUCAAUCUUCUUCUCUCAUCUCCUUUACCCUCUUCUCCUCUACCAUUGAACCAAAUUCUUCAACUUCAUAUUUGAAUCAGAGUAGAAUCAUCACGUUCAGAUCCAAAUCCAUCCAUUAUAAGUCGGCCAUAACAGACGAAUAAUUAAGUUACAACAAAAGAAGAACGAUAACGAGAAGAAUUUGAUCAAGUGUAAAGUCGAAUCUAAAUUUUGAUGGGGGGUGCUAGUUCCUCAAUUAGUGUAGCAGAAAUUGAGGAUGUUGUUUCAGAAUCAACAGGGCUUGGUGACAUUCCAGAGAGCUGCAUCUCAUUCAUUAUGAAGAGUUUUGAUCCAAAAGAGAUUUGCCAAUUGGCUAAAGUGAACAAAACUUUUCAUAGAGCUUCCUCAGCUGAUUUUGUGUGGGAAUCAAAAUUGCCACAAUCAUAUAAGUUCCUUCUCAAUAAGAUUCUUGGUGAUAAUAACAAAGAGGAUCUAAUUAGAACCAUGUCCAAGAAAGAGGUUUAUGCCAAACUAUGUCGACCUAAUUUCUUUGAUGGUGGCACCAAAGAAGUUUGGUUGGAUAGAAGCAGUGGACAAGUUUGUUUGUUCAUCUCAUCAAAGUCUUUCAAGAUUACAGGAAUUGAUGACAGAAGAUAUUGGAAUAAUAUUCCAACUGAAGAAUCCAGGUUUAAAAGUGUUGCAUACCUUCAACAAAUGUGGUGGGUUGAAGUCUUGGGGGAAUUAGACUUUGAAUUUCCAAGAGGGAAAUAUAGCAUUUUUUUCAGGCUUCAUUUGGGAAAGACCUCAAACAGAUUGGGCCGCAGAGUGUGCAACCUGGGCCAAGUCCAUGGUUGGGACAUCAAGCCCGUUAGAUUUCAACUAUCCACAUCUGAUGGCCAGAAUUCACUUUCCCAGUGUUAUUUGAGUGGGCCAGGAGAGUGGACCCAUUAUCCUGUUGGAGAUUUUGUCAUUGAUAAGCCCAAUGGGCCCACAACCAUCAAGUUUUCCCUGGCCCAAAUUGAUUGUACUCACACAAAAGGCGGGCUUUGCAUAGAUGGGGCAGUGAUUUGCCCAACCCAGAAUACAAAACAAUUUUGAUGGAAGCGUUUUUGGAACAGUUGAUGUUUAAUUAAUUAAUUGUUUAUAUAGACAAUUUGUGGUAAUUUAUUUUUCUUAAGUUAGCUUUUUUUGUUAACAAUGGCUGUAUUUUUAUUUAUAUAAAUUUUCUGAAUGUGGCUA